AUGGAACAUCUUCUACCACGGCAUCCGACCAAGACAACGGCUUCUCCAUGUGAUCUCCCAUCGCACUCACACUCGGGGGAGCACCGCGGCGUGGAGUCCGUCACUGGGUUGAUUUGGCCGGCUCGUCGAGAAGCCGGCGGCAUUGAGUUGAGAAAGAAGCCGGUGAAACGCGGGGCGGCUUCGGUCGCCGACAGCCAGGAGGACUCCGGGAGUGGAGAUCCCCACGUCAGGAUGCCGGCCGGUCAGAUCACAGACACGAGCUCCGCGGGCAAGCAGUGGACGGAGGAGGAGUUUCUGGACAGAGCCACCGCUUCCCCGUCCAGAACCACCGCUCCAUGGAGCAAAGGACUGCCGAGGCCUUCAACGGACAAGGCCCUCAGCCCAGACUCCGCGGAAAUCGACCACCUCUUGCAAGUCUCCAGAGAAACGUCCCUGCAGCCCCCGUCGGGACCAGAACCAGAGAGGUCCAACAAGGAGGAGAGCGCCGAAGCAGGAAAGCCCGACGGACUUUUGGAAGGAGCUUCGAGUCGAUCUGCUGGGCGAGGAGCCCAAGGGAGCAGCGACAUCGCGAUGGGGACUCCCGGAGGUCCUCUCUCCGCCAGCCUUCCACCCAUCAACCCAGCGAAGCCCUCAGAUCCGCCGUUCCACCAGCCGGUCACCGACCUCAUAGAUAUCGAUUACUAUGACUCUUUAGAUGCACAUGGACCUCUAGGACACUUCCCCGGCGGGGACGCCACGAAGAGGUUCCACGGCAGACACCCACCCAGGGAGCCGGACCUUUACGAAGAAGAGAUCUCACCCUUCGACGACUCGUACUUCUAUCCCACCACCUCGUUCUACGCAGACGGAGACGACGACGUGGAGAACGAGGACGACGACGACGAGGAGCCCGACGACCUGAAGGAUGACGGCGUCAGCGUUAGGGAGCCGGAGACCGGUAGAGCUGCCAAGGACGCUACUCAGGCGCCCAAGGUCAAGACAGCGAUGGUGGAAGAGAGGCCGACGAGCCGGCAGCACGUCCCGCAUCAAACCUUCAUUCUGUACGGGGGGGAACUGCACCCCAAGAUCCACCCCGAUAUCCACAAAGACUCCACGCAGACGUCCCCGGGGGCCGGGGACAACAGCACCGAGUGCAGGAACGGAUACGUCAAACGCAACAAUUCCUGUAAGUCGCUGUGCGACAUUUACCCCGCGUACUGCCACAACGGGGGGCAAUGCUACAUCGUGGAGACCAUGGGCGCCUUCUGCAGGUGUAACACGCAGGAUUAUAUCUGGCACAAGGGCUUGAGAUGCGAGUCGAUCAUCACGGAUUUCCAGGUGAUGUGCGUGGCGGUGGGCACCGCGGCGCUGGUCGUUCUCCUCCUCUUCAUGAUGACCGUCUUCUUUGCCAAAAAACUUUAUCUGCUCAAAACCGAGAAUUAUAAACUGCGCAAACGGAACAGGUACCGGACCCCCUCUGAGCUCCACAAUGAUAAUUUCUCUCUCUCGACGAUUGCCGAAGGCUCGCACCCAAAUGUAAGGAAACUUUGCGACGCUCCAUCUGUCCCGUCCCCCCAUGCUCGUGCCAUGGCUUACUAUGAUAACGUUAUCUGUCAGGAGGACCCCAACGCGCCCCAGAAGGUGCAGGACCUCCCGAAGGCCUGUCUCAAGGACGAGGAGCCCUUCAACAUUCAGAACUCCCUCUCGCCCAAGCACGAGAGCGGGAAAGGGGACCCGGACAUCGCGGACGUCAACUGCGUCCUGAACAACUUAACAUGAAGACCCCCGUCCAGCACCAGAAACCCCCUGCAUCGUCUUCUUCAAUGCUGAAGGGGGCUGUGAUGGGACGGCUCACAGUCACCUCCAGCGCUGAGGGGGACUUCGUGUUUCAUUACCCACCCCUCUAGUGUGACCCCCAUCCCCCGGCAUGCUUUGCUGUGUUUUGUACAGAGAUUAGGAGAACGUCGGUGUCUCGGAGAAGGUGCCUGAGCGGCUCCGGCCUAGCAAUGGCGGCUCAGAUGGCAGUUUAUGGCGCUUUUCACUAACACGUCGUACAAGGAGGAAGCUUCAUUCAAGCAGAACAA